GUCACCUUGACACCCUACAUGCCAGAACCUGGGGACGCAUGCCGGGACCCGAAGGAGUACUACAACAAGAAGGUUCAGAUGUGCUGUGCUGCGUGUCCGCCCGGCCAGCAUGUGAAACACUUCUGCACCCAAACCUCAGACACUGUGUGUGCCGACUGCGAGGAGGGCACGUACACCAAGCUCUGGAACAGGCUUCCCACAUGCCUGAGCUGUGGUUCUCGCUGUGGUGAUGACCAGGUGAAGACCCAAGCCUGCACUAAACAGCAGAACCGAGUGUGCACCUGCAAAGCUGAUAUGUAUUGCGCCUUGCCAACGAAUACUGACAGCUGUCGACAGUGCAUAAGGCUGAGCAAGUGUGGCCCCGGCUUCGGAGUGGCCGGCACAAGAUCUGCCAAUGGGAAUGUGGUAUGCAAGGCCUGUGCCCCGGGGACGUUCUCUGACACCACAUCAUCCACAGAUAUGUGCAAGCCCCACCGCAUAUGUAGCAUCCUUGCCAUUCCUGGAAAUGCAAGCAGAGAUGCAGUCUGUGCAUCUGAGUCCCCAGCUCCGAGCACCAUCCCAGGAACAGUCUACGUAUCUCAUCCAGAGCCCACAAGAACCCAGCCUCUGGAGCCAGAGCCAGAGUCCAAUCCAAUUCCACCCACCUUCUCUGUCUUUGAGAGCUUGACCCCCCGUAGUGCACAUAGCACCAAUGGUGGCAUCUCUCUUCCAAUUGGUCUGAUCGUUGGGGUGACAACUCUGAGUCUGCUGGUGAUAGGUCUGGCAAACUGCUUCAUCCUGGUGCAGAAGAAAAAGAAGCCCUCCUGCUUACAAAGAGAAGCCAAGGUGGCUCACCUGCCCGAUGAGAAGUCCCGGGGUGGUGCCACAGGCCUAGAGCAACAGCGCCUCUUGACCACAGCCCCCAGUUCUAGCAGCAGCUCCCUGGAGAGCUCAGCCAGCGCUGGGGACAGGAGGGCGCCCCCUAGGAGCCAACCCCAGGCAACAGCCACGGAGGAGGUCCGAGGGUCUCAGGAGGCCUGCGCAGGCUCCAGGAGUUCAGAUUCUUCUCUCAGCAGCCAUGGAACCCAUGUCAAUGUCACCUGUAUCGUGAAUGUCUGCAGUAGCCCUGACCACAGCUCACAGUGCUCUUCCCAAGCCAGCACCACAGUCGGGGACCCAGAUGCCAACCCCUCAGGAUCCCCGAAGGACGAGCAGGUUCCCUUCUCCCAGGAGGAGUGUCCUUCUCAGUCCCAGUGGGACGCCCCAGAGACACUGCAGAGCCAUGAGAAGCCCUUACCCCUUGGUGUCCCUGAUGUGGGCAUGAAGCCGAAUCAACCAGGCUGGUGUGACCAGGUUGCAGCCAAAGUGGCCUGACCCCUGCAGGGGCAGCACCCUGUAAAUGGACCCCCAGUUCUAGACCCUCAAUCCCCAGGACUUAACGACUCUUUCUGGGCCCAUCUCCCUUAGCGGCCUCCCCAGCCCGACUUGCAGGUCAAGUGAGGGCUGAGGCAACCGUUGUGGUGGGAAACUUCUGCCAUGGUGUUAUAUGGGGCAGUCCCAGCAAGUCCUUGCCCUUCUGUGACCUCUGGCUCUCCCGGGCUCUUGCCUGAUUCUGGCUUCUGAGAGGCCCCAGUAGCUUUCCCUCCCAAGGAGCUAACAUCCUCUUCCAUACACUUGGGUAAAGGAUAGCACAGCUCUUCAGCAUGAAUGCUGAUACCACAGGGCGGUCCCAGCGGGAAGGAGGAAGUGGUGGCCUCAUAGGGCACAGGGCCCUCGAGGUUAGUGCUGGACUCUUGGCAAGUACCCCCUCCAAACCCACCACCGCCCUUUUGAUGCAAGAAUCAGAUGCACAGAGGCCCCGACAGGCAGGGUUUCUCUGCUUUAUGGUGCUGGGGCUGUAACUCAGUGGUAGAGUAUGCUGCUCGCACACCCUGGGUUCGAUCCCCAGCUCCACAAUGAGAAAGUGUGUACACACAGCUGGUUCUCAUCCUCUGUCUUUGUCACUCCAGUGGGCACACAGAGGGCUCCAGCUCCUCCUUCUGACCUUUUAAGGAACCCUUCCAAGGCCACACCUUCCUUUCAGGGAAUCUCAGGGACUGUAGAGGUCCCAGGCCCCUGCAGCCACCUGCCUCCUCCUACCUCAGCCUGGACCACUCCCUCUAACUCUCCAACUGCUUGGUACUGUACCCACGGUGAUCCUGAGUGCAUGUCUGUCUUAUGCAUGCUGGGCUGGAACAGCUCAGGGCAUCAGCUGAAAGAGCCGAUCCGGAAGCCCCUGAAGCCGCUACAAUGCCAAAGGAUCCAUCCCCGUUUUCUAAUCAACACGCUUCCUUAGCUAGCGUGCCCAGAUCUGGAAGGAAAUGAUUCAGGAGACUCAGUCUCAGGUGCUUGGAUUCCAUGUUCACAGAUUCCAUUGGAUAUGAAGUUAGGAGUUAAACUACUGGAAGUCUGUUACCAUCGAGACUCAAAAAGCUCAGCCCUCUGGAAUCAAGACUUAGGACCUAUUGGUUAGUUCUCUGCAGUGCAUCAGACUGGAGAGGCUAUGGAACACGUCUGCACCCUGGUGGCCAGUCCUGAGAUGACCUCGGGCUUCCUCGGCAACAAAAACAUGAAUGGAACGGACAGUAUCUGGGUGUUGCCUCCGUUCCCGUGCUUGUGUGGGCCCCAACAGGGUGUGCUAAGGAGCAUUUUUGCCUUUAUGCUGGACAGAAUUAAUUCCUGCUUAUAAAUGGUUUUUGUUGUUGUCUUGCA